AUAGAUACGGUGUUUGAAAAUCAAGGUUUUUGUUUGACUGUGAAUGGUGAGAAAGGAGACCUGAAGGGAAAGAAUUAUCAGUUAAAGAUUAAGAAGCUUCCUCAUGAAAUAGACAGUGAUAAAAGUUAUCAUGAGGUGGAUGAGGACAGGGUUUUGUUGUUCUUGAGUAAGAAACAGAACAAAUCCUGGCACCCAGAGCUAGAAAAUGGGCUUGAAACUGCUAAAGAGGAGGAAGAAGAGGGGAACCAGUCGGACGGGAAUCAACAAGGCCAGCAAGAGGGGAACUAGCAGGAAGAGAAGUAGCAUUAGGGAAACCAGUAAAAACCUUGAGAAGGAGGAUCUGUGAUGUAGAUGUAACUAAAUAUUGUGUACAAAUAUAAAUGUAAACUGUGAUUUGAUACAGUGUAUUGUAAAUGUACAUCUUUAUACUCAAGAUAGAUAACUUCCAUGUAUGGAGUCAGUUAUGAAGGUGUAAUUUCUAUUAAUACAAUGCUGUCAAUUAGUUUUGUUUAUUUCUUUAAAUAUCUUGAAGCCUAGUAGCAAUAAAAACAUAUUUGUGAUUGUCACUGUUAUGAUCAGUCAGUGGUUGGCUUCAACAAUUUUUGUUUGCAAUUUUGAUUGAAUCUUUAUCAAACUUUGUUCAAAAUCACCGGUUUUGGUGAUAACCUGGGCCUAUUCCUGGGCAUUUAAACUCCAAACAUGCAUUAUUUUACAACAGC